AAAGUAUGUUAGAUUUCACGACAUUUCAACUGGCCUAUAAGCUUAUAUUGCUUAUCAGCAUAUCGAGAGUGCUAUGCGAUGAUCACGGUAAAGCUGGUACCUGUGACAUGGGCGCGGCGACCUGUCAGCUAUUUUUGGAAGUAGGGACAUGGUUUCCGAUGCGGAAGGGCUAUGCACAGAAAGUUUACGUUAAUGAAACUGACGGUAUGCUGUAUCUGGACGGCGAGUCAGUACGUUCAGAUGACGUUGUUCUAGCUGAUGGAUCAGCACAUGAAAGAGUUCUGAUCUUGUUCAAUAAGACAAUGCCUGGACCAACACUUACUGUCUACGUGAAUCAAGAAGUUACUGUUCACGUAAAGAAUAAAUUGAUAAGCGAUGGAAUCACAGUCCAUUUCCACGGAAUCGAGAUGCGAGGUACUCCAUGGAUGAAUGGAGCAGCAUUUGUUACUCAGUGUCCUAUUUUACCCGGUCAGACAUUUACGUAUAAAUUUAGACCCAACCGGAUCGGAACUUACAUUUAUCAUUCUCAUACUGGGUCACAAAUGAGUAUGGGUCUUUCAGGAGCAUUUAUUGUGAAAGAAAAGAAACGGGACAAUAUGGAGGAACAUAUUUUGUUUGUUCAGGACUAUAACAAUAUACACACAUCCGAUGACAUUUUCACAAGCGGGCAUUUGGGUAGUAUAAGAGCGAAAGGUGUACCUUACAGACCCUAUAUAAUUGAUGGCACAUAUUCCGCAGCUACAAAAGUAACUUCGUCUCUAAUCAACGGACGAGGACGUUCAUUUGAUUCGGACGGGAAACAAUUAACAAGAACACCUCUGAGUGUCUUCAAAGUAACACAAAGGAAGCAAUAUAAAUUUAGAGUGAUUGGAGGGGGCUAUGACAUCCAACACAAAGUAUCUGUGGACGGUCAUAAGAUGAAGGUCAUAGCCGCUGACGGUCACGAUAUCGCACCAAUCACAGCAGACUUUAUCAUCAUACAUAACGGUGAAAGGUUUGACUUUAUACUUGAAGCCAACCAGUCCCCUAGAAAUUACUGGAUUCGCGCUGAAACUUUACAUGCAGUGCAAGACAAGGCUGGAUAUGCAAUUCUUAGGUAUGAUGAUGCCGAAGAAGACGCCGAUCCGACUUCCGGUAUUCAAAGUUGUACAGAAGGUAACCAAUGUAUAGUUGUAAAUUGUCCUUUCAAUUCGUAUCCAAACUGGAGUUGUGUUCAUACUGGCGAAAUGCGUUCUGUGGCCGAUGAUCCGGCACCAAAUGCGACUUUUGGAAAGUUUAAGGAAUAUUUCGGUAAUUUUGGAAUGGAACGAGGAGACGAUCGAAUAAUAUGGCACCAUAUGAAUGGAGUUAGUUUGCGGUUACCAACAGUCUCUGCAUUGACACAGCCGAGCGAGGUGAGUGAAAAAUGUGACUAGUCCCACAACUGUGGACCUGAAAAAGUUUGCUUUUGUAACAGACCACUGGAUGUGAACUUUGGGAACAUUAUACAGUUUACUUUUUAUAGCCGUAGCCUUGCCCAUCAUCCAAUACAUAUACACGGAUACUCAGUCCAUGUGUUGAAGGUUGGUUUUCGCCAACAGAGUUUUGCUAAUUUAGGAGAUAACGCUGAUGUCAAAUGCCCUGGACACUGUUACUGGAAUGCUUCUUGGGCUAAUGAAACUUGGAAUGAAGGAAACAUUCCUGGCGUUGAUCUAAGACGGGCACCACGCAAGGAUACAAUAACAGUUCCCGCUGGCGGUUAUGCGGUUGUGCGAUUUGUAGUAGACAAUCCUGGACUUUGGUAUAUUCACUGCCAUCAAGAAACCCACAUCCAAACUGGAUUGGGUUUUCUGCUGAACGAUUCUUUCUCAAUGAUCCCGCCUCCUCUACCCGGAUUUGAGGAAUGUAGAAGCUUUCCGCCCCCAGACCGGAUUGCAAGUCGUCAAACUCAAACAGCAGAGUCCUCAACAACUGAUCAACCAACAACACAGGCGAACAAGGUUAGCAUGGCAGACGCGAGGACAUUUUCAGUAUGCGAAGGAGCAAAAGCUCAAUGUCGUUCUAGUUUUUAGCAGAUCCAAAGUAAGAGGAUUUUAUAUUUCUUUAUGUUUAAUGGCCUUUUUCUUGGCCAUGCUAUAGGCUAUAUACUGAUAGUUUCAUUACAAUCUACACUACAGAAAACGUUUUAAUCGAAAAAUGUCUUCAAAACUGUGAUUCAUUAUGUUUCAAAUUGUUUGUUUUAGGUUUAGGACAUACAUUUUUAACAGUAGUUCAGUUACAUUACGGCAGGC